AUGACAACAUUUUAUGAGAGAGAAAUUAAGGAACUAAAAGAGAAGUAUGAAAAAGUGAGUCUAGAAAAUAAGAAAAACUGUUCUUGGGCUAUACUUUUAUCAAAUAGCAAUGAAAGAAUGGAGGAAGAGAAGAAGCUUUUAAAAGAACAAAUAGAUGAAUUCAUUAAAAAUACUUCUGAUUCACAGGAAAGAAAUUUAAAGCAGAUAAAAGAGAUUGAAGAAUUAACAGAGAAACUUCAUAAAACUGAGAUUGAACUAAAUACUGAAAGGAAUUUUCAAGAAAAGAAGAAUAAAGAGAUUGAGGAGCUAGCACAGAAAUUGCAUGAAGCUGAGAAGAGUUUGAUUGAUGAAAGGAAAGUUUUGGAAGAGAAGGAUAAGAUAAUAGAAGCUUAA